UCUCUUCUCACACUGAGAGAAGUCAGACAGAGCAGGACGGACACCAAGUUCUCACACCCACAUCAUCAUCUCCUCAGACUGAACUUCUCUCGAGAUGACAGCACGUCGGAGUUGUUGCCUCUGAACACCCCUCCUGAACCGAAAUGACCAGAAGUCACGCCUGUUCACGGGGAACUUUCGUUUUUCUGAGCGGAUAUUAACGCGUCCGGGUGCAGAUCAGAUCACAUCAGAUCAGAUCAGAUCACCUGUUCGGGCUGGGAUGAGAUGCUAUGAGAGAUUCUUCAUUCUCACAGGUCUGCUGUGUGUAGGGCUUCUAGUCUUCACCUCCUGGCAUGCCACAAACGACGAUAACGCAUCUGAACAAUUCCACAAGCUCUACUGGAGGCUAUUAAAAGCUGAGCAGCAUGGAGAGGAAUUGUCAUAUAAACUGAUACGAAUGUUGGAGAAACUAAAGGGACUAAACAACACUCGUGCUAAUCUGACUUUCUCCAACUCCUCAAGGAACGCCUUGGGUAACUCCUCGGCUAGACACUUUUUCCAGCUAGACGCUCUCCUGUACCUGCCCCACCUCAGACAGAGCGACGAUAGCCUACAGCCGAGAGUUCACCUGGGACAGGGGCGCAGCGGAGUGUCCCUAGUGCUAGGCAUCCCCACAGUGCGCAGAGAGAAACAGAGCUAUCUGGUGAACACCGUGAGCUCUCUCAUUUUCGACCUCACACCCGAACAGAAGACCGACAUCGUCAUCGUCAUCUUCAUCGCUGAGAUAAACAAUACCUUUGUGAAGAGUAUAGCAAAAAGCAUUCAAGAGAAUUUUCCAGAUGACGUGAAGUCCGGAUUGGUCGAAGUAAUCUCGCCCUCGCCCUUCUACUAUCCAAAUCUGUCUAACCUGAAGGAAACGUUCGGUGACUCAAGAGAAAGAGUGAAAUGGAGGACGAAACAAAACCUGGACUACAGUUACCUCAUGCUGUAUGCUCAACACAAGGGUAGAUACUACAUCCAGCUGGAGGAUGACAUUGUGGCAAAGUCAGGAUACAGCGAUAUUAUAAAGGAGCGUAUCAGUAAUGUGGACACUGAGCAAUGGCUUUUCCUGGAGUUCUCACAACUGGGCUUCAUAGGAAAGCUGUUCCGAACUUCAGAGCUGCCCUCUAUUGUGGAGUUUUUUUUGAUGUUUCACAAGGAUAAACCCAUCGACUGGCUGCUGGAUCACAUCCUCUGGGUCAAAAUGUGUAACCCAGAGAAGGACAGUAAACACUGCAACGGUGAAAAGGCAAAGCUGAAGCGCACGUUCAAGCCCUCCCUGUUUCAGCAUGUGGGCGUGCACUCCUCCCUGCCUGGCAAAAUACAGAAUCUGAAAGAUAAAGACUUUGGGAAGCAGGUCCUGUAUAAAGCCCACCAGAACCCUCCUGCCAUGCUGAACAGCAGUUUGACUUAUUAUCAGAGUCAUUCUCUGGACAGGGCUUAUCGAGGCGAAGACUUCCUGUGGGCUUUCACACCCAACAUAGGAGAUUACAUCUUUAUCAUGUUCAACACGCCUCAAACCGUUAAAAGGUACCGCUUCAGAAGUGGAAAUAUUGAGGCUAAUGGAGAUAGGUUUUACAACACCACCGUGGAGGUGCUGCCUAGUGACGUUUCUGUGAGGAAGCGUGCAGAACAAGGAUUGCUCCCAUGUUGCAAACCUUCCUCAGGUGGCUUUAUUGUAAUAGGCUCUUUUGUAAACGGAAUAGCAGAGGGACCAAUCGACGAAGCGCUACAUGACUUGGAAGGCAUGCGUCUCAUUGUUCAUUCCACUUCAGAUGCCUGGGUCGUCCUGAGUGAAAUCUUUAUUGAAGUUGAUGAACUGUGAAGAGAGGAAAAAACAAACCCUGCUGCAGCUCGCCUCUCUCUCUGAGCAACAGCGCCCCCAAUGGUCAAAAAGAGUUUUGAACAAGCACAUCACGAAACUUUCGUCCUUCACAUUUCUGAUGUUUGGAUUGCUCUUGGGUGCUUUGUGUUACAACCAACACAACUGAGCAUCAUCACCUGAGGAAUACCUCAUCUAUGUCUCAGUUUUUGACUUUUUAUAAUUAGAGGAGGAACUUGAUGGGAUGUGAACACUGUUGAGCACAAAUACAUUUGCACUAGAAGAGGCUAAUAUUUAUAUAUAUACAUUUUAUUUAUAUAUAUAUAUAUAUAUAUAUAUAUAUAUAUAUAUAUAUAUAUAUAUAUAUAUAGAUACACUAUUUUUUAGUACAUAAUAAGAUUUUGCUUAUUUUGAAGUUGUUUUUAUAUUAAUAUUAAUCAGAAUAGCGCUCCAAGCCAAAGUCAUUACAUUACAGUUCUUACUGUAUUUACAGAUGCUGAAUACAUCUCAUCAAAAUCUCUCAUCCUUUUCUUUCUCUCUGCUAUUAUUCGUCAAAGUUGCGUAGAUGUAAACGAGCGCGAAUUUGAGCACGCCGAAUGACCUAUGAGCAAAUCCGCAUCUGGUUCAAUGAUAAUCUCUUGUCUGCAUGUCAUAUACAUGCAGCACACUUCAGUUUAGCCUGAUAUACAUCGUGAAUCACGCCGUAACCUAUAUAAUAAGUGUCGGGAUGCUGAGCCAGUAAGAAUAAAAUCAUUCAGCAGGCUAAACCAAGCCAACAAAAAGGAGAAGAAGGAAGUUUCAGUGAAACUAAGUUCGGGGUACUUUAGAUGAAUUUAUAUUUAUGUGAAAAUAUGAAUUUCAUUCAUUUUAAUUGUAUACACGUCACAUUAAAUCAUUCAUUUUUUCCUUCCAUCUAAAAAUAUAUACAUUGUUGCCAGUGUAUUUUCUUUGUUUUGAAUUUUCUAGGGGUAAGAUUUGCCUAAUUGUAAAUUACAGGUUACAACUUUGAGAAUUUGAGCCCUAAAUACAAGUCUCGACGAUGCAAAUUAAUCCCAGUGUGAAGAUUCCCAAGGAAAAGUAGACGCUUACAGAGUGUUAAUUAAAAUAAUUAAAAUAGGUUUUAUCUUCUUCUCAAAUUGCUAGUUUUCUACAACUCUCAAUGCCCAGGAAACUGUCUAGCUAGUUAGGUUAUGGUAACAUUAGCUUCCUUGCAGUUGUUAGCAGCUAACAACCAAAGCUAACAGGAAUGUAUCUAAUUCAGUAGAACAAAAAACUUUCGACAUAUUUUUAAUUUUUUUUUUUUUAUUAUUUGUAUUUUUUCCUUCUCAAAUCUCAAAACCGUAGCCGUAAUUUCACAUUAUACUGCAUGUUAUCUUACCGCUAGCUAAUUCAACACAAAGAAAUAACCGUAGGCAAAAAAAGGAAAAAGAAAAAUGUAUUCAACACACUACAGAGCGAAAAAAAAAAGAAGAAGAA